GGAUAGAGGAAGCGCAGGUAAAGAUAUUGGAAACUAAAGCUCAAGUUAAAAAACAAAGAACAAACUGUCAGAAUGCUGCAACCCUUGCUGCGGGCCGUACAGACCGUCUGCGGUGCCUGUGGCCAGAAAGGCAGCAGCGCCAGUAGGAGCACAGACGGGACGACAACCACCGCAGUUUCGCAGAACACCAUAUUAUCGGGUACAGCCGCACCCAUACAGAAGGAUGAGGAGAGGAAAGAGCAAUCACCUGCUGCUGGACGACCUAUUCCACCUUCCGCGGAGGCUGCGCCCGAGUCCGUGGCUCCUGGUAGCGGUGGUGCGGAGCAAGGUUCAGGGGAAGAAGAGCCUCGUGUUGCUACUCCACCGGCGCCCACUGCUGCUGCUACAGCAACAGAACCACCCUCCGCCUUCCAACUUCACGACCGAGUGAAGAUCAAAGACCUCGCAAAAAAACCGGAAUACAACGGAGAAAUCGGAAAAGUCAUCAAGAUCGUGGAAAACGAGGAAAAGGAGAAAAUCCGGUACGGGGUCGAAAUUUUUGCCAACAAAAAACAGCUCUCCCUCUUGGCGAAAAAUUUGGAGAAACAAGAAGGUGACGGCGCGUUGAAAAUAAAUGCAGGCACUGGCUCUUCUAUUGGGACUAGCAGCAGCAGCAGCGGUAUUGCAGCAGGGAAUAAAGCAAGAAGUAAAAAGCAAGAUUUCGGUUCGGGGUUUUUGAAGAAUCGCAAACGGAUUUUUGACGACUAUGACAGUGCACAACUCCCCCUCCCCCUGAUUUGUCAUGCAAAGUGGCAAAUCCACCCUUUGCCUCUUGGCACUGUUUGCAUAGCAAGGUUUGGUAGCCCAAAAAGCACUACAAUCCAGUGUAGAUUUGUCAUGCAAAACCGGCAUUUUUGCUGAUGCUUGUAUUGCCGUUCUUCAUGCUAUACAAAUGUUGAGGGGGAGGGGGAGUUGUGCACUCUCAUAACGACAAGACCGAUAAUAGUACUUCCGCAGGUAGCAAUAGAAGCUCCUCCUCCUCCUCGUCCCAGCAACCAGUGUUGAACGAUUUCCACUCCUUACCAAAAGAAAAACAAGUCCAGAUCCUCUUCGACCAAGCGGGCACUUUGUUUCACCAGAACGAGUUCCGUUUAGCCUUAACCGUCUUCCAGCAGGCCUUUCAGCUGUGUGAGACCGACGAGAAAUUGCAGGGCCACGCGUACCGCUACUUAGCGAACUGCAAGGAAAAGAUGCGGCUUUCCUCGGAUUGCAAGGAAGCGCUGGAGUAUCCAAGAAAAAAACUGUGUAAGUGUAACUUUGUGUUGCAGACGAUGCAAGACAAUUACACCUGUGAUGCUGGACAUGCAUCAGAGGCUCUUUUCGUACGUGUUUCCACGUACAAGCCGCGCAUGACAGGCUCUCUCUGUCAUGCAGAGCAAACUUGUGAUGCUAUUCCUCCAAGAAAGUUACACUAACACAGUUUUUUUCUUGGAUAUGGAGGAUUUGAAACAAGCUUUGCGCAUAGCCCACCUCCACAGCGAUUUCGUCGGUACGUUUGACUUAUGCAUUGCAAAUAUGUCUGGGUCUGGAUGAGUGUAGACGUUUGUCAUGCACACUUUGCCUACGCCCUACCGGCUGUGAUGCAUGCCCUAGCAUCACAGAUUUAGUGAGAGCUUUCUGAUGUUGCCCAUACUGCAUGAGAAAUGCCCUCUACGCGUAGCAAAAACGUGACCGCUUUUCCUUUUGAUGCAAUACAAAUUCUGUGUAGAAUCCAAAGGCAGCAUCACAAGUUGGCAUCCUUCCGGAGGACCCAGACAUAUUUGCAAUCCAUAUGACUGCUUGACCGCGUUUGGCUCCUGCUACAUGUCGUUGGACGACAGAGACGCCGCGGAAAUUCACUACCGCCAAGCAUUGGAGUUGAGUAAACGGGAGCUGGAGGGGCUAGACUGGCAGUUUGAAGCUAGAGCGCUGGUGAAUCUAGGUAACAUAUGCUUGUUGUGAUAUACUGUGUUUCUCUUUCUUGAUGUGUGCAUGGCGAAUCAAUCGGGACUGUUUUCUGUGCAUGUCAAACACUUUCCCCAAUAAAAAGCGGUUUAUUUCACGCUUUACAGGUAUUUCCCUGCGCCGGGAUGCCGAUGAAAGCGGUGUUUCCGAUUACGAACGGUACGAAAACACGUUGACGCCGAUAUCAAAAUGAGAAAUCCCCCCGCCCCAUAUCGAAACGAACUCUGUGAUGCUGGAUUUGCGUACGCAAAUCAGAUUUGUCUUGCUGGAGAGGACUGCAGGCCCAUAUCAAGCCUGAGUAGCGAGGUUCUGGCCUAGGCGCGCAGCAUGAGAAACGUCUGCGCUGUAGACCCAACAGUAUCACAAACCGCCGACAUAAUGCGGCGGAGCCUGUGGAGUUGCCUUCUUGCAGGACAGGGAUGAAUUGUGGUCGCAAAUCAGCAUUGCAAAUUUUCUGCGACGUACCUCUUCGAUAUGGGGAGGGGGGAUUUUUCCUCGCGAUAGCCGACGGAACUCUAUUUCAGCCAGGCGGUCGAGAUUUGGGAAGCGAAGGGGCACGAAUUGUUCCAACAAGUAGCUCGUGGGGGAAGUACUACGGAGAAUAGUAACUACGCAGCGGGUGGUCACGCAGCUGUCGCUACUAGGAGAACAAGUGAGAUAAGCCAAGAGGCGGAUAGGGGACCAACAACACCCGAUAUCGCUCCGGCUACAACUGUCGCUACGAGUAUCAACUCCUACAUCGUUCUCCUCACAAACUUCGCAUCUACUCACCUCGGCCGGGCGAGUUACGAGGACGAAAAGGAACAACCGGAUGAGGCGAAGCUGCUGCACCAUUUGCAAAAGGCGAAGCAGUUACUCAGCACCGGGCUGACGUAUUGUGAGCAGCAAAACAACCUGCGGCUGGCAAAGGUGAUCAAGUUGAACUUGAACAACAACCGGGAACUUUUUGCCAAAUUGGAGGCGUGGGAGGAAGGGCAAGGAGAAGCAGCGGCGGUGGCGGUGGAAGCUUUGUCUUCUUCUUCUUCAUCAGCCGAUGUUGGGGAAGUUCCACGAGGUGGCGCUGCAAGUAUGCAACCAAACAACGGAAGUUACUACUGAAGCGGUAGACACACGACAAGAGGUGGAUACCAGCACCGUGCUUGUAUCUGGUUCGAGGAAAAAAUAUGCGACGUAUUUUUUACCUGUUUCACACGACCGGAAAAUGCAUUUUUCGACGGAUUUGCAAUUUGAGUUUAUCACGACGUCAAAGCGGAGUUUUUUUAGUAUUUUGAACCUAAUAAAAGUUGUAGUUAGGUCAUCAGCUGUCCAACCAAAGCAUUGUCUGUUGCACUUGCAUCGAAAGCGAAAGGGAAAUCUGUACUUUUUCACACGACGAUGGGCCGGUAACAGAAACCGAAGCAGUUACUAUCUUCCCGAAGAAGUAGAAGUAGAACAACGGCUGUUUUGGUUUUCAUCGUCUCACCUUUUAACGACGACAUUUCUAGUUGCGACACUGCCGGAAAAAGUAUUCCCAGAAAGUUUUUUCUAUUUGACACAAUGCACUCUUACUCACAGUAUUCUUGUAAUUUAUCGAUUUCUUGUAAUGGUCGUGCACCAGAUAUAUUAUAAAUAUAUGCUGCUCGACUUGUUUUGGCUGUUCUGCAACGCUGCAAGGCAUCUGGCAGUACCGGAUGCUAGCUAUGGUAGGAUCUUCCUCUUGGGAGCUGCAGCGGGAAGAGAUAGAGAUUUCGGAAAAGCAACUGUAGAACUUAUUUCAUGGCGCGACGACGAGAGCCAGAACAACGGGGAGCACGACCGAGGCACUAUCAGUGUCGCAGCUGUUUGACGACUUAAUAAAGUUGCAACUCCAAGAGCGACUACCUAGCUU